CCUACCACUCCAUAUAAAGCAGACGACACAUGUACCACCUCAUGGCUACAUUUGAGAAGUUGAAGUACGCAGGUUACCGCUGAAAAUGACAGAGAUAAGGAUGGCUGCUGCAUGUGUCCUGAUUGGAAUGAGGAGCUGCAGGGUCAGAGCAGGGAGCGGUGCGGGGGUCUGCAGGCAGGGGGGGAGUUGACAAGACUCAGUGUGGAGAAAAUAGACUCCUCCAUCUGUCUCCAGACCCGCCCUGCUGCACUCACAUGACCAAGGGGACCCUUAAAACCCCCAGACUGAUCCAGGAGAGCUUCAAACAUUCAGGCACCAGCUGGUUUUGGUGUUCAUCCUGAUUUCUGUCAUCAUCAUGUCCGACACAGAGGAGAUAGUGGAGGAGUACAGGCAGGAGGAGGAAGAGCAGGAGGAGGAAGAGCAGGAGGAGGAGGUGCAGGAGGAGGAAGUGCAGGAGGAGGAAGUGCAGGAGGAGGUAGAAGAAGAGGAGAAGAAAGAGGAGACAGAGCAGGAAGAGGAGGCAAAGCCUCGGCAUAAGACGACCUACAUCCCAAACAUCGCUCCUCCAAAGCUCCCUGAUGGCGAGAAGGUCGAUUUUGACGACCUGCACCGAAAGAGAGUGGAGAAGGACUUCAAUGACCUCCAGUCGCUGAUCGAGCUGCACUUCUCCAGCCGCCAGAAAGAGGAGGAAGAGCUAGUGGCGCUAAGGAACCGCAUAGAACGCCGCAGAGCAGACAGAGCCGAACAGCAGCGCGUCCGAGCCGAGCAGGAGCGCGAACGCCAAACACGCCUGGCCGAGGAGAGGGCAAGGCGGGAGGAGGAGGCCGCCAAAAUCCGCGCCGAAGAGGAAGCGAAGAAGAAGAUGAUAUUCACCAACAAGUCGUUCGGGGGUUACCUGCAGAAAGUGGACCAGAAGAAGGGCAAGAAGCUGACGGCGCGGGAGGAGAAGAAGAAGGCCCUCAUGGAGCGCCGAAAGCCACUCAACAUCGACCACCUGAAUCAGGAGAAGUUGGCGGAGAAGGCGCAGGAUCUGUGGCAAUGGCUCUACCAGCUGCAGGCCGAGAAGUUUGACCUGGGCGAGAAGCUCAAGAGGCAGAAGUACGACAUCUACGUGCUGCGAAACCGAGUCAGCGACCACCAGAGGGGCUCCAAGGCGCCUAAGACCUCCCGCGGGGCCAAGGGCAAGUCUGGAUCAUGGAAGUAAGGGACACUCCAUCUCCUUGGACUAUUUGGCUCCUGUUUCUCUCCUGUAUCAUAAAAUCUCUAAAGGAUCGUGCAUGGACUCCAUUUUUGGACUGAAGUGAAUCCAACAUAAGAUGAUGUAUAACGUCUGCUUGAACUUUGCUGCUCAUAUUCACUGGUGUAUCUCUUCUUCUUCACAUGUGGUUA